GCGUGCAUCCAUAGCGUGGUCUAGUACAUGAGAUGCGAGGUAUAUAACAGCUGCCUGGAAACAGAUCGCCUCCAUUACUCACCAAGCCCUGAUAGACGUGUUUCAUCAUAAUACACGAUCGUUCUUAAAUUCUAAUCAUCAUGCGUGAAUGCAUCUCUCUCCAUGUUGGUCAAGCCGGAGUCCAGAUGGGCAAUGCCUGCUGGGAGUUGUACUGCCUUGAGCAUGGCAUCCAGCCUGAUGGUCAGAUGCCCUCAGACAAGACCAUCGGAGGUGGUGAUGACUCCUUCAACACCUUCUUCAGUGAGACUGGGGCUGGAAAGCACGUUCCUCGCGCCAUUUUCCUUGACCUCGAACCAACUGUUGUAGACGAAGUUCGCACUGGGACGUAUCGUCAACUCUUCCACCCUGAGCAGCUGAUUUCCGGCAAAGAAGACGCUGCUAACAACUACGCCCGAGGUCACUACACCGUCGGGAAAGAGUUGAUCGAUAUAGUUCUGGACAGGGUUAGGAAGUUGGCUGACCAGUGCACUGGACUCCAGGGAUUCCUCAUCUUCCACAGCUUCGGUGGAGGAACCGGCUCAGGAUUUACCUCCCUACUCAUGGAGCGUCUUUCUGUUGACUACGGAAAGAAGUCGAAGCUUGAGUUUGCCAUCUAUCCUGCACCCCAGAUCUCUACCGCAGUAGUCGAGCCCUACAACUCCAUCUUGACUACCCACACUACCCUGGAACACUCUGACUGUGCCUUCAUGGUUGACAACGAGGCUAUCUACGAUAUCUGCCGUCGUAACCUCGACAUCGAACGGCCGACUUACACCAACCUGAACCGUCUCAUUGGGCAGAUCGUAUCGUCAAUUACUGCCUCCCUGCGGUUUGAUGGCGCCCUCAACGUUGAUCUGACUGAGUUCCAGACGAAUUUGGUUCCCUAUCCGCGAAUUCAUUUCCCUCUGGCUACCUAUGCACCAGUCAUUUCUGCCGAAAAGGCCUAUCAUGAGCAGUUAUCUGUUAGUGAAAUUACUAACGCCUGUUUUGAGCCUGCCAACCAGAUGGUGAAGUGUGACCCUCGUCACGGCAAGUACAUGGCCUGCUGUCUCCUGUACCGUGGUGAUGUCGUCCCCAAGGACGUCAACGCCUCCAUCGCAACCAUCAAGACCAAGCGUAGCAUUCAAUUCGUCGACUGGUGUCCAACUGGUUUCAAGGUCGGUAUCAACUACCAACCACCCACCGUCGUUCCCGGUGGUGAUCUUGCCAAGGUCCAGCGUGCUGUUUGUAUGUUGAGCAACACCACCGCCAUUGCCGAGGCUUGGGCUCGUUUAGACCACAAGUUCGAUCUGAUGUACGCCAAGCGUGCUUUCGUCCAUUGGUACGUCGGAGAGGGUAUGGAAGAAGGUGAGUUUUCCGAGGCUCGUGAAGAUUUGGCCGCUCUAGAAAAAGAUUACGAAGAGGUUGGAUGUGACUCCCAAGAAGAAGGAGAAGGAGAAGGAGAGGAAGGAGAUGAAUACUAAGCUUUGAUGUUUGAUUUGUCUUACCUUUCUCGACUUUGAUUUCUAUCAAUCGAUAUCGUGAUGAUGGUAUUUGAUUUAUUGUUUUUCUCGUGUCUCUUUCUGCGCAAUGUAGAGUAUGUUAUCUCGCGCGUUGCUGCAUUAUUCCGUCAGUUAAUAGGAGGGUAUUUGCAAUAUUUUCUCUUCAACAUUGUCUGAAUUAUUAAACGUUGCAGUCGUACCUACGGAACCGACUCCAUUCUGACCGAUGGUCUGUCCAUGGACCAUACUUGUCAUUUGUAAUAUUACAACAUAAUAACUCUCGUAAUUCUCUAGUUGGCUUCGGCGAUGUGGCUGAAGCGAUUUGUCUUUUGCGCAAUGGUGAAAUUCAUAGAUGAAUCUUAAUUUUCUAGUCAUAAUAUGAAAAUCAAAUUUGCGCGCGAUCGCCACGAGCAAAAUUUCACAAUUAUGAUCAAAAUAUAUAUUGAAACCACGGAUGGCAAAAGUCAGGAAGAGAUUGAACAAAAUUUAAUCAGACAUGGAAAUUUUGAUGGAGAAUGUCAAAUUUAUCAUUUUUUAAAUAAUAUUCUGUUCUAGAUCAAUAAACACAGAGACUAGAUUCUAUGAUCAAGUCAGUAAGGAAUAAUUAUGAACAAACAAAUUGAAUCAGAAAUUAGUAUCAAACUCAUGAAUAAUCAUGUUUAAUUGUCAGAAUUAAAGAAAUUUACUUUUUUGCAUUUCAAAUGUGUAAUAAAUUUUACAGUGUGUAUC